AUGAAUAGCAGCAGCACUAGUAGUAGUGAAGGUAGUAAAGGCAGGGGGGGAAUGGGAUUCCUAUUUGUUUUCUUCCCGGAAGAUGAAACCGCCGCCGCCGCUACUAGUCCCGGCGGCGGCGGCGCGCCCAUUAUGAGGAAGAGAGCCGUUAAUGCUCUGCUCCGUCGCUCCAAUUCCACCCACCUCCUCUCCACCGCCCAAUCCACCAUUUCAAUCUGCGCCCUUCUCAUCUUCGUCACUCUCCUCCUCUUUACUCUUUCCACCUUCGAACCCACCGCCGCUUCUUCCCACUUCCACCCCAGAAGGCAACUCUCUGCUUCUUCUUCUUCUUCCACUGCAUUGCCGCAAAAGUCCAGAAAGUCUUUCUGGCCGAAGCACAACUCCGGCGAGGAUUUAUGGAAAAAUUUGGCUUUCCAGCACGCAUUGCAGGGAAUGGGCACUCUGUACCGGAGAGGAACCAGGGCGAUGAACGACCUUGUUGUAGCUCAUGCAGUUGAGUCACUCACUGUGCAUGAACUGAAGCUGUUCUUGCGGCUUUUGUUCCGGUCCGGGCUGAGUUCAAAAUCGGAUCUUUUGCUCGUUUUUCCGGCGAAGUCGGCCGCUUUCGACAGGGCGGUUGUGGAGGAGAGCGAGUCGUUCUUGAAACUCGUUCACGGCGCCGGCGAAGAUAGAAACUCCACCACGAGUUUCGACUCGGCCCAGUUCAAGAUUUCGCGCAAGAAGGAGAGAGAAAGCGGGGAGCCAAUCUGGGGACGGAAAAGAAGAAGCAAUUCCAGCGAAGAAGAAUUGGAAGGUGAUUCUGAGUCGACUCGGUUGUCAUACGGCUCGGUGGUGAGUUUCGACGUUGACGAGCUUGACCCGGAGAAUUCCUUGGCCGGGUUUCUCCACCACGUCCCAAUGAGUUUAAGGAGAUGGGCUUGUUACCCUAUGCUACUCGGCCGACUCAGAAGAAAUUUCAAGCACUUAAUCUUAGUGGACGCAAAAGAGCUUCUCCUUCUCGGCGACCCACUGAGUCGACUCAGGAGCCGGACCCCCGAGUCAGUGCACUUAUCAACCCUCACCCCGCCGGCGCACGGCCGGAAAACCCACCAGAAACCCGUCAGCCCGGCAAUCGUAAUGGGCGGAUCAAGAGGGGUCCGGAGAUUAUCAAACGCGGUGCUAACGGAGAUCGUCCGGGCGGCAAUGCAACACAAGAAGAAGAACUCGGUCAACGAGUCGGGACUCCUAAACCAACUCGUGGGCAAUGAGUUCGUACUGAAGAACAUAAAUUUGAUUGUGUCGGCCGAGUCGAUACCGGAACUGAGUUCACUCACUGGGUUGAAUUCAAGAACAGGUUCUUCCUCAUCCACAUCAAAUUUAGCACUGGUUAGGCGUGGCAGUAGUAAUGGUGAUGGGAGUUCUUCAAUUUUGAAAUAUUUAUGUUCAUUUUCUUUAGAUUCUGCUGUUUAUAGUGACUGUUAG